AUGUCAAGAAUAGCCCUUCUCGGCGCCGCCCGCCAAAUCGGCACUCCGCUUAGUCUUUUAUGCAAACACGACCUAUUCGACGAAAUCUCUCUAUACAACCUCGUCCAUGUCCCCGGCAUCGCUACGGUCCUGAACCACGUCGAUACCAGAGCCAAAGUCACUGGCUAUCUUGCCGCAGAGGAUGGUCUUCAGAAAGCGCUCACAGACGCAGAUAUCAACGUUGUAACAGCUGGUAUUGCCCGGAAGCCGGAUAUGACUAGAGAUCAUCACCCACUCCAUCUUCACACAAUCGCAACAACAUGUCCAACAGCAAUCUUCUGCGUCGUCACAAAACCCGUCAACUUGUUCCUGCCCGUCGCAGCCGAAACCCUUGAAAAGGCGGGGGUUUCGGGCCCUAGAGCGUUUGAAGUACCGGUUGUUGGGGGACAUAGUGGUGCUACUAUCUUACCGCUUUAUAAUCAGGCGGGGCCGUCGGUUGAGUUGGAUGGGGAGGUAUUAUUCAUCGCGCAUAUCUACCUACCUGCUAUUCCUGGUGGUAAACAGAUUUCUGCUGAGCUCGGAAUUGGGUAUUUUGCCGUGAGUAUUGUGUUAGGCGGGGCUAGUACGACCAAAACGUUGCCUAUUAGAGAGAUCUCGGAGAGAGAGAAGGAACUGCUUGAGGUUGCUGUUAGGGAGCUUAAGGGAAAUAUCGAGACUGGGUUGGCUUUUGCAGGUGCAUUACGGUCAUCAGUCAAGUCAUUGCUCAUUAACCGGUCUAUAAUAUACAAAGACGUAUCGCCCAACGCCUGA